AUUUAUUGGAUUCAGAGUACUCUCAUUUGAUGUACUGGGUCUAUCCGUCCUAUGUUUUGUGCUUAAUCAAUCAUCUGGGACUUGUAAUCUUGCUCCAAAGUCUUUACUUUUCAAAGCGUAUUGGGUUUCUCAUGUGGUUUCAUGUUUUUUGUUUUUAGCAGCAGCUCAAGUCUAGGUACCUAUUUAGAAUGGAGAACCAGCAGGUGAAGGGUGUUGCUUUGGAGAAAUUCACAUGGAAGGUUGAAGGUUUCACCAAAUUGAAUACCAAGAAACAGUCCUCCAAGGCUUUCAAAGUUGGCGGUUAUAAAUGGAAGAUUGUUUUGUAUCCUAAGGGGAGGAAUGUGGAGUAUUUGUCCUUGUAUAUGAAGGUUGCUGAUUCUCUACCACCAUAUGGAUGGAGCAGAUUUGUAUAUUUCAGGUUGGCUCUUAUUAACCAGGUGGAUAGCAAGAAGUCAAUUGUAAAGGAAACCCAGCAGAAGUUUAAUGCUGGAAACAGUGCUUGGGGUUCUCCAUCUUUCAUUCCUCUCAGUGAAUUCCAUGACCUUGCUCAAGGUUAUCUUGUGAAAGAUGCAUGUAUAAUUGAAGCUCAAGUUUUAGUCUCUAAGGUCGCAUUUAACAUCCCAGGCAGCUUAGCCCAAAGCAUUACGACAAUUCAUGAACCUAAUGGAGAUCAAGCUAGGCUAACAGAAGUGGAAAUGACACCUUCAGAUUUGACAUCAAGUCCUACAAGUACCCAAGGUUCUAAAGAUGAUCACGUAAAUGAAAUAGAACUGCAACUCAUACACUCAGAAGAUCAAGAAAUAGGACCCUCAGCCUCAGAUUUCACUCCAAGUCCUAAACAAGUUCAAUUUGCUCCUAGUGCUCCCCCUAUGUAUCCUUCUUUAUUUGAUGAAUCUGAGCAAGUGAUCUUAACCCCUCUAAGUGACCUUAUAGAUUUCAAUAGUGUAGAGGCAGAAGAAGCAUCCUUUAUUCCAUUAUGGGAGGAGGUAUGUUCAUGGCAUCCAUCACUAAUAGAGAAUCAAAGAAGGAGAAGUCCCAGGUUCAUAUUGUGGGCAUUCAUUGCCUUGGGACGAGUGCUACAUUUCCUUAAGACUAAGACAAUUAGGGAUAUGGGUAAUGAUGAUUGUAUGAUGCACCUUCAAGUUCUAUGGGAAGAACUUCAACCCUUUGGAUUUGACUUGACAUGGCUAGAGCCCCAUGUUCAAUCAGCAAUGAGUGCAAAAGCUUAUUUUGAAAGAGGAGAGUACGUGAAAAGUAUAAGGGUCAAUAUAGCUUCUUUAGAGAUAGAAUUGAAGAAGCUGAAGACUAAACUGGCUGUUGCAGAACUUGACCUUGAGGUUGCAAGGAGAGACUUGGCAGAGGUAGAAAAUGAUUUCCAGGAGAGGGACAUGGAUGCUGAACUUGGUUAUGGGAUACCAUAGUCCUUAGCCGCUUGAAGGAAGCUUCAUUUGGUUCUUUUUUUUUAUCUUUGAGAAUCAAAGACAGAUACUAGAUUUACAACAACUCACUGUUGAACCAACUAAGUUAAAUCUUUGCUAACUUCAUUUGAUUUGCUAUUGUUAUUUGCUACCAACAUACAAAACAUAUACCUUACUCUAAUAAUGUACCUAAAUUUGGAAGCAGUACGUGUUUAUCUUACUCUCAAAUCAUAUAGCCUUGUCAUUUAUGAAUUGAAACUCAUUGCAUUGCUAGAAACAAAAA